AAUAUAUCGUAAAAUGCAUUCUAUUACAAGGCCCAUAUUAUUCCUCGUGAUUCCAUCCGAACAUACGCCGUGACCAUCCAGCAACUUGUGAUCUCUUUUUACCUGCCAGUUAUAUAGAUGGAGGUGGAAGGAGCGGCAGCGUUCUCCUCGAGGGUUUCUCAUCUGCUCUCUUCUGAAAUGCUCAACGUCGCCCUUUUUCUUCUGGGCUUGGUGUUCAGCGGCGACGUGCUCGCGUCAUCAGCGCCCAACGUCGUCGAUGUCGGCUAUGCGAGCUAUCUGGGAAACCGGUCGUAUCCCAACACGGUAGCCUACCUGGGCAUUCCCUAUGCCGAGCCUCCCCUGGCCGAAUUACGAUGGCGCGCACCGCUACCUCUGAACACGACUCGCAUCUCCCAAGAAGCAAACGGACAGGUCAUCAAUGCCACCACGUACCCCAUGUUCUGUGUCCAAGGUACCACCGGAGGUGGGGAUCACGGAGGAGCUGGUUCGGAAGAUUGUCUCAAAGUGAAUAUUUACGCACCUGCUGGAGCGAAGGAAGGAGAUAACCUGCCUGUCCUGUUUUAUAUACAUGGUGGAGGCUACGUCUACGGAAACCCACGCAAUUGGCCAUUUGACCCCUGGAUUAACCAGAGUCCGAACGUCGUCAUCGUCUCCGUCUACUAUCGUCUGGACUCCUUCGGCUUCCUGUCCAACCCCGACUUCGUGGACGCCUCCAUAGGCGACUUCAACGCUGGCUUCAAAGAUCAAAUCCAAGCUCUCAAAUGGGUCAACCAGUAUAUCAGCGCUUUUGGCGGCGACCCUGAUCAUGUGACGAUCAACGGCCAGAGUGCUGGAGGAAGUUCUGUGGAAUUACACAUGGUCGCUCAUGAAGACGAAGUAUUGUUCUCUGGUGCCAUCGCACAGAGCGUGUUUAGGACGCCUGUGUCCACCCCCGAAGAACAACUGCCCCUUUUCGAUUUCUAUUCCUCCUAUGCAGGUUGUGGGAACGGGACGACCGCAGCGCAGAUGGCCUGUUUGAGAAAUGCGAGCAUCAGUGCUUUGGCUCGUGCACAGGAUGCUGCGGUGAUGGGCGCAUUCUCGGGGCUGUACAACUCGUUCCAUCCUGUCUUGGACGGAGCACUGCUCACGGAUUACCCCACCAAAUUAUUCUUGGAAGGCAAUUUUAGGAGAGUUCCUCUGAUUGUUGGCUCCACCUCUAACGAGACGCUCUCCGGUGGCACCAAUAUCACCGAAGCGCUCAAAGCGUAUUUCCCACUACUCACUGACGCCGACCUCCAAGAGUUCUUAGCGCUCUACCCUCUCUCUGACUACGAGUCCGCCAGUCAGCAGUUCCAGGUGGCGACAGGGGAACCUGACGUGAUAUGCGGGCGGGAAGCGAUGGGGGAGAACUCGGCGCGUUACUCGGACACUUGGACGUAUCGUUACAACCAGCCUAACCCUACCAGUGGCAGCGAUGUUGUCGCUCACGCGGCAGAGAACUGGAUGAUGUUCCAAGGCACCAACACUGGGUAUAAUGGAACGACGACGUUCACGCCUCAAACACCGAUCGAGCUGGCAUUCACGUCGGAGCUUAUCUCUUACUGGCUGUCGUUCGUGCGCUCGGGCAACCCGAAUACAUACAAACUCGAAAUGUCCCCUGAGUGGGAGCCUUACACGACUACCAGUGAAGUCCGCAUGGUCCUCCAACAGCAGCCUCAAAAUAUCACGACAGAAAGCGGGAGUUACAUGGAAGAUCAGCCCAUGCCAGAAACAGAGAGAUGCAAUUUCGCAAUAAGCAAGGUAGAGCGCUGUCAGAAUUAGGAUCUAUGUAGUGUAUGUGGAUAUCGAUAAGAUAUAGUAGAGUGGUGCUGUUAUUUCAACAUAUUAUCAGAUACAAGCAGCGUAAAGCCCCGAAUAAAGAAUGAGAAUACAUGAAUGAGACUACCCUGAAAGCCUCGAAGUUCGAAUAAAGUUUAUAGCGUG